UGCAGAUGUUUUCAGAGCUCAGACCGAAGAGGUUUAUGCUAAGCUAACGGCCUGAAGCUCUGCACUUAAACCAGUUUCAAUGCACUCAUCGACGUUAUAGAGAUACCAGAGUCUCCAAGAUAACAUACAGUCUUGGGUUAUGGCGACCAUUGUCGGGGAUGAUGAGUUUGAUGAGUAUGAUAAGCCUGGUGCUGAAAGGUCAAGAAGACGGAGAGGAGAAGAUGAUGAUGACUUGGAGAGUGAUUUUGAGGAGGGAGACUUGCUUGAAGAUGAUUGGCUGUCAUCAAAAAAGAACCCCUCAGAGCUGUCAGAUGAGGAACUGAACGAUGAUCUCUUGCAAAGUGAUGAAGAAGACCAAAAUAUAAGUGGUCAAGGUGAAGCCGUAAGUUUGAAUGCGACGCUGGGUAUGGGCACUUCUGUUGACUUCGAAGAUCCAGGUGGAUAUUCAGGAAAUGCUUAUAAAGAGGGUGAAGGGGGCCAGGCGGGUUUCUCUCAGGAUGGACAGUAUGAAGGAGAUGAGUACCAAGCUGUGGAUGAAGGGUUUGAAUACAGAGGAGAGCAGAAUUUAGCUGUAUAUCAAGACGAGGUGCUGGACCUUCAGAUCGACGAGCCACUGGAUGACGAUUUCCAAGUGGAUGAGUACCCAACAGAAUAUAGAGAGCAGGAGACCAACCAACAACAAGUGGCUGAGGAGGAAGACGAGGCGAAUGAGGAGGAAACGGAGGAGCAGGACAGCUCUCAUGUCACUGAAUUAGAGGAGGCAGACAAUGAAAACGAUCUAGAAGCUGAGCAUGAGCAGGAUGCAGAUGUAAAGGAGGAGUCUGAUGAGGAAGAGGAAGAUGAUGAAGAAUCUGGCCGCCUGCGAUUUAAGACCGAGCGCAAAGAUGACACAGUGGUCCGGUUGUCUGAUGUUGCCAGUAAAAGAAGAAACAUCCCAGAAACAUUAGAGCUCUCUAAGGAAGCUAAAGCAGACCUGCAGAAGUUUGAGGAGAAUGAGCGUCAGAGAAAGCAGGGUCGUUUUGGAGGACGAGGGAGAGGAGGACCGUAUGGAGAUGGAGGAAGAGGAGGAAUGCAAGGUAGAGGUGGAAUGAGAGGAAGAGGAGGAGCUGGAGGUCGAGGACUCGGAGGAAGAAAUGAUUUCCACAUGUUUGGAAUGGGAGGUUUUCGCGGCGAUGGAGUUGGAGGUCGAGGGAGAAUAAACGAGCAAAGGCCUCCACUGAUGCAAAUGAACUUAGGAAUGCAGCAGCAGCUCAGAAUGACUCCUCCGCUUCAGCAUCACCAUCAUCAAUCUCGUCUGCCCGGCCCGAGAAGCUCUGGAGGUCCUGGGCUGUUUCCAGAUCCAGGCACUCCGAUUGCUCAGCAGCCACUGCAGAUGUUGAUGCCACAUAUGAGUCACCGUUCACCAGGCCCCAGAACACAACAGUUGAACUCCCCACCACGACACUCGCAUGCACAUCCCAACCAACACCAGCAGCACCAACAGCACCAUCCCAAAAACAUUCACAUCAACCCUCACUUCAGAGGACCAUCAUCCUCACCUGUGCAAGUUCCCUCAAUGCCUCCUGUGCAGAACCAACCAAGGCCUAACAUCGCUUCACCGAGACUCUCGGCUCCUCCUGAUUUUCAGCAGCAUCUGGGGAAUUUUGGCCCACCUCUGCGGCCUCUGCCUUCCCAGGAGCCAUGGAGAGGACCACCACCACCACAUCAUCAGGAUCAAGACCACUUCUUCCCUGGUGAACCGCGAUUUUCAGGCCAGCACAUGUUUGACCAGCCAGGCCCUGCCCCCCUUUUGAAUAACAGUGUUCUUCCGAUGUCGGGGCAAGGCCCUCCGAAUUUCCCUCCACAGGGAGGACUUGGAGGUCCUGGAUUUGGUCCUUUGGGGCUCGGACAGAACCAAGGGCCUCAGAGUCUAGCCCUGCAGCAUGCAGGUCCUCCAGGGCCCCCUGGUCCCCGUGGAUUUGUGGGUCACAGACAGCCAUUCUCACCCCCGCAACAGGGACCCCCCUUUAGCCCCCAGCACAUGCCAUUUGGUAUGCAGGUACGCCAGAGAGGUCUACUGCAGCAGCCCCUACACCAUGAUCCGCAACUUACCCAUCAGUCCUUGCACCAGCAGCACCAGCAACACAGACAGGACUUACCCCCCCAGGCCUUGCUUCACUCCCAGCCUCCACCCCAACAUCAAACUCACCACCAACACCACCCACGGGACCAACACCUCUCCCAGCCCCAUUUCCGCCAAUCGAUUUCCAGUGGCCAUAGACAGAUGCAGUCCCGGCCACAGGGCAACCAGCAGCGUAACAACCAUGCCAGACCCAGAAUGACGCCGCCUUCUCCACUGCAGCAGAUUCCUCCUCAGCGCAACAGCAACCUUCGGGAGCUGCCCAUUGCUACUAGUAACAAUAAUACCUGCCCAUCAGUGCCUAGUGGGCAAGCAAAACCAGUUACCAAGGCAACACAAAAUGUUAGGCAAGGGCCCGUUGCUCGUUCUGGACCAGCAGGAAAGGUUGGACCUUUAGCACAAGGGCAAGGCUCCGCCAGAGCACCGCUGCAGCCCAGAGUGCCCGAGAUAAAGAAAGCGCAACCAGCUGCACAGUCAAGCACCACUCCACAGAACCCAGAUGAAGAUGAGGAGACACGGCAAUACAGACUAAAGAUCGAAGAACAGAAACGUUUGCGAGAAGAGGUCCUUCGACGCAAAGAGCUGCGCAGGCAGCAGCAAGCUGGUGAGCGCAAAAAGGAACUGUUGGAACGAAUUGGCGGCCAACUUCCAAACCAGACUCAACCAACACAGAACACCACACAGCCCCCUACAGCUCAACCCCCUCAGCCGGUCCCUUCCCUGAUCUCUAACGGAACCCCACAGAACCCUUCGCCCAUCGUCAAUUCCCCUCGUCCCAAUGUUAAGACACGUCUGUUGAACACUAAACCUCAGGCACCUGCUUCAGGGUGGUCUGGGCCACAGAAGCCACAGAGUACUGGUCCUAAUGCCAACCUGCAGGGCCAAUAUCAACCAUUGCAGAAGAGGACCAUCGCCCCACAAAACACUCAACGACCGGCUGCACAGGGUGUUGGUGCUCAAACCAAGCCAGUAGAAGGGCAUGGCCUGGGUCAGCCUCAGCCCGGUGGAAAAAGAACAGUGAUGCAAAGAACCAACAGUGUUGAAUCACCACAAGUUCCACAGAAAGUGCGUGUAGUUAAGCUUCAGGGAGAGCAGGCAGAUGCCAGUCCCAGCACUGCUCCCUCACAGCAACAGCAACCACCAAUUGGUCGGCCUAUCCCCCAACAGAGGCUUGGUCCCAUCAGGAAAGUUACCAUGGCAACUGGUGGUGUACAAAAUCAACAACAGGCUGGCCGUGGCGUGACAAACCAAACGAACCGGUUGGUAGUUCGAGGAAGAGGACGUGGCCGUGGAACGAAUCGCUUGCUGACGCAACAGAACCCGAGAGCUCAAGAUCAUCAGCCCAGCACUGUCUGCAUUGAGGGUUUAUCAACCACCACAACCAAUAAACAGCUCCUGAACCUGCUCAACUCCAUUGGCCCUGUUGAGAGGUUUAAUAUGUUGCCUGAGCAGCGGAAGGCCAUCGCCAAGUUCGCAAACCCAGAACAUGCAGUGAGUUUUCAGCACAGCUUCCACAGGCACAUGAUAGAUUUGUCUCACAUCGACGUUUCCAUUAUUGAUGGCUGAGGAGAAAGUCAAGAAGAAAAGAGAAGUGAGCAAGAAGAACAUGUCUUUUUCUGGAAGACAGACGCACAAUCAAGAAUCAAACGUUUUGGAAGCCAUGCAGAAAAGCACUGUCGACAAACUCCAGUCAUAUGCAUGAAAGAAUCAAAGACAAAGAGCCCAACACUAGCUGUGUCCUGCUGGAUAUGGCACAGCAUUACUUUACAUUAGUACUUCAACUUUGGCAUGAAGUCCUGCUCGUUUCAGUAUCUUCAUGUGUAUAUACAUAUAUAUGGAAAUCGGUAAUGAUUGAAACCAGCAGUUGAAAAGAAAGUUAGGAAACCAAGACAUUUUGAUGGCACUUGAUAAUAGUUGCUCCCAUCCUGUAGCUCUCCAUAUAGACUAUUAGACACAUUCUGUUAUGAAUUCUUGAUUUCUUUUGGAGUUUUCCACAGUAAUUGACUUGAGCAAAGGUGGUAAAUGGGUUGUUUGGUCUCUGCAUGCUGCAGUUGUUGUUUUUGUCACCUGCAGAGGGCAGCAGAAGACUUCUUAUUUGAAGUCUUUGCGUUGAGCUUGUCGACCACAGUGUGGAAAGCACUGCUUUGUAGAGAUGUUGAAGUGCUUUUAUGGCGCUUCAGGGACCGGUUUGGGUUGUGCUGUUUUGGAAGCCACGGUGAGAUUUUGAAUUCUAGUUGUGCGUCUUUAUUGGAAGUCAAUGUAGAUUGUCAUUGUCUCUUUUUUUGGGCUAUUGUACAUGACUGUUCACCAUUUUUAGUUUUUCAUGGUCGCUUUCACCAUUGUAAAUGUAUUGAAGCUGAGUUCUGGUCUGCAGAGCUGGUUUGUAGUUCAUAAUGCGUGUCUAAGGACAGCUGAAAAACAAUUCAACAGUAAAUGACUUUUAUACUUUGGUUUUAAGUUUCGGUGUUGGAGUCUCAUGUUUAGAUUCUUUUAAUUGUUGUUUGAGAUGGCUUCCAAGAAAGUAUAAAAAUCAGGCAGAAAUUCCCCUUCCUUUUUUAAUAUGUUUGGUUUUCUUUCCUCGUAGCACACAUUGUGUAGAGAAGAGGAUGGUUGAAUCAUGGCCCGUGCGAUUUUAUUAUAGAUUUUGAUGCUGCUGUGUUUGUUGACAUUGGUUGAAUUUCGAUCAACUUUAAGUUCGUUGUGAAGAGAGAUCUGGAUAAAUGGUAGACCUUUGGCUUGGUUGAUCAUUUUUAAGUUAGUGAGAUGGGAAUGCAAGUGGCUUGUUGAGGUCAGUUGGAGAUUGGUCAACAUCUGCUGUUAGAGACCUUUCCUAAUCCCUUCAUCUAUAUUUCCUUAUCCAUCUUGUUUUCCUCAUUAGUUGUAACACAGGGCUUUGAGUGUCAGAAGACAGAUUUAGUUUUGAGCACUGCUAUAUGGGCUGAUAUCUCCAGUGAGCGUAAUGCAAUCUUGUUAUGUCAUGGCUUUUAAUCAUGGGUUAUCGCUGUUAUGAUGUCAUCGUCUUUAUUAUUUGUAUUUUUUUGCUUCAAAGAAUAGACCUUUGUCUGUUUCAGAUACAGUAGUAUAGUGGAGUCUUUUAUGUUCGGGCCAUUUCAGUGAAUGAAAUAUAACAUAAAUAUAGUUAACAACACAACCAGGUCUGUCGUUUCAAAGGGUUUGGGAGCAACUAUUAUCGGUGUCCAUGUAUAUAAUGAAAAAACUGUGUGAAACUGUCGAGUCUGUUGUUUUCUCAUCUCGAAAUCUUCCCAUGUUUAAAAACUAGUAUGUGACAGGUACAUUUCUUUUCUCGGUUUGUUUUUAUAUAUAUAUAUAUAUAUAAAUAUCAAUAGAACAAAGUAUUCCUUGGUCGUUUUACAUCAGUUUUGUUAUUUGAGAACUUCGAGAUUAUUAUUUGAGGAAAUUUUAAAGAUGAAAAAUAAAAGAUGGUCACAUAUAUACCAUGUAAAUACGGGUAUGUGAAGCCAACUGUCUAUCACCAUUAA